GGCAUCUAAUUCCUGAUAUCUCUAUUUUAACGUGGAGAAUUUAACUACGAGUUCAAGGGCCUUAAAACCACAACCAGUCUGGAUUGAAGAAGCACGGCUGAAGAAGCAGAAAGUGAAGAUGUUGAAGCCGCCGGUCCUGACUGUGUGCUCCCUCCAACAGGAGGGCAGGCGCGUAGACCCCACAAGGGGGCGCCGCAGAGCCCGGAGGCGGUAGAGGCGGCCAUGGCGUCUCCAGGAGUUCCCCGCGGCGGCUCCCUAGGCCUUCUGGUCUGGCUCUUGUUCCUUCGGCCACAGCUCUGGGAGACAGGGCCGGCAAGGACUGGAGGUGAGGGUGCCAGACCCCAGCAGGAUUCUGCAGUGAGCCGCGCAAUCGCAGAGGCCCCCUCAGCUCCGGAACACCUGAAAUCUGAGGAGGUUCCAACAGCUCCAGGGCUGCCUACACCCCCAGCGGCUGUUCUGCAGACCCCUCCUCCCUUUGGAGAGCGGUUUGUACAAGGAGCAUGUGGCCAUCGGAAAAUGAGGAUAAUUGGUGGGAUGCCAGCCCCAGAGAGAAAGUGGCCCUGGCAAGUGAGCCUGCGGAUCAACAAUGAACACGUGUGCGGAGGCUCCCUCAUUGCCCCGCAGUGGAUUCUGACUGCAGCGCACUGCAUAUUUGGCUUUGAGGAAUAUACAGUGCGGAUGGGAAGCGUAUUGUUACAUCCCCAAUCGGGAAUGGCCAUUCCAGUUCAAGACAUCGUUUGCCAUAGCUUUUAUGAUGUUAGAACUUUGAGUAAUGACAUUGCCCUUGUUCUGCUGGCCCACUCUGUGAAUUAUUCUGCAUUCAUCCAGCCAGUGUGUCUCCCUGAAAAGAAUUUUGAAGCGGAAGCUGGGACACGGUGCUGGGUGACUGGAUGGGGCCGACAGACGGCAGAUGCCAGAGUGCUGCCAGAAAAUCUUCAGGAGACUGACCAAAUCCUUCUUCGCCACACGUUUUGUAAUGCGAAAUUGCAGACAGAGUUAGGAUAUCGUCGCAUGUUAGUUCGAAAAGGGAUGAUCUGUGGCUAUCACGAAGAUCUUAAAAGCCCCUGCAAGGGAGAUUCUGGGGGUCCCCUGGUCUGUGAGUUUAAUGACACCUGGGUCCAGGUGGGGAUUGUGAGUUGGGGCGUUGCCUGUGGUCGCAGUGAAUUGCCUGUAGUUUACACAGAAGUUAGCUCGUACAAGGACUGGAUCGUUGAUCACAUCAUUAAGGUGUCCUCUUGUGCCUCAGCUGGAUUCUUUGUCCUGUCACUGUCUCUGGUGUUGCCCCUGGGCACCCUAGUGACCCUGUGAUCACGGUGGUCCACGUUCCCCCCUAUUUCUGAGUCUCUGACCUCCCACUACUACUCAGUGCCAUUUCCUCCAUUCCAUUUGGGAUCCACUGACCCUGUGGAUCCACAUGACAGAGAGUGGCAGCAAGGAAGGAACCCUGGAAGUUUCCUAGUCUGCUGUUCCAGGCACCGGCAUUGCCCAUGCCUACCCCUUCGCUGUGCUCUGCCUGCCGGGAAGGAGUGGGUGAAACCAUUCCAGCUGGAUGGACAGCAACUUGCCAGGUGAUGCUUCAUGAUUCUUUAUCUACAUCUGGGCAUCCUCUAACAAAGAAGAGACAUCAUCAACAGUGCGACAGCAUUAGACCUGACACUUUAUCAAACCAGUCUGCGUGGUGAUUGUUAGGAGAGACUGAGGAGGCCUCAUCAUGUCCACUUCUAACUCAGUUGUCUGGGUUGGCAGAAGGUCCCCUGCUGCCCACUGCAGAUCCCAGUCCCCAUCCCCUGCCACACAAAUCCUCCUGGGGCAACUCAGUCUUGGAACCCCCUUCUCAAUGCUCCAGCGGCCACAUCCAGGCUCAUCCCAAGUUGUGUUGAGGCAGUUAUGGAGUAUGGAGAUUUCUGAUGUCAGCUGAAUAAAUGUUUGUUCUUUUGUGUUCUGA